CGAUAGAGAUCACUGAGUAAGUCGUCUGUUCAUGUGAGCGUGGAGAUCUCCAAAUUCGAAGCCUGAUCAAAAUUUGCAGAAUUUGGCAUCAAUUGGUGUUGUUUUCUUGUUCAAUAUAGAUGAAAUUGUUUGGAAUUAAAAUUACGAAUAUUAAUGACUUGUCUCAUGCUCGGGAGAGUAUAAUGCACACCGGCCUAGCGGCUAGCACAACCCGCAUAUCUUCGGGCACAGGGCAGGCGCAAUCUCCCGACCCGGGAGCUGCGGGAGCACCAGCGUCCUGGUGAAGAAGUAGUCUGAUGAUCCGAUUCUUGGAUGAGCUGGUCGCAGUCAACAUGGAAGGGAAGCAAAUUCAUCAUGGAGUUACAUGUACCAUUCAAAAUGAUGUUGCGGUCCAAGGGACCAAUGAUAGCAGCAUUGUUAGCAAGUGUUCUGUAGCUUCAUUGGGAUACUUUAAAGAUACAUACCUUCAUCAUUUUGUGUCAAAGACAACAAGGAGAGCACCACUGAUUAACAGAGGAUAUUAUAUCAGAGCCAGAGCUAUUGAUGAUGUCCUGAAGGCAUUCCUUAAGAUAUUUGGAGAUUCUACAAAUCAGAUCAUAUCACUUGGGGCUGGAUUUGACUCAACAUACUUCAGACUACAAGCUAAUGGCUCUUUGGACAACACUGUUUUCUAUGAAGUUGAUUUUCCUCAACUGGUGAAAAGAAAAGCUGCUUUGAUACGAAAAAAAAUUGAACUGACUGAAUUGCUUCUUAACCCAAUCUAUCAUUCAUUGCUAGAUUCCUCUGGUGUUUGUAUAUCAUCUGAGAAGUACCAUCUACUUGGGGUUGAUCUGAAACAUCUAGAUACUUUAGAGAGAGUCUUCAAGGACAUUGGCGUUGACUCAGUAUUGCCCACCCUGCUUCUGUCUGAGUGUGUCAUUACAUACAUUGAUACUCACAGUUCAGAUGCUCUUAUAAAGUGGGCUGGAGGCUAUUUCACUCAUGGUCAAUUUGUUUCAUAUGAACAAGUUUUGCCUGAUGAUCCUUUUGGCAUUGUAAUGCAGAAACAUUUCAAAAAGCUGAACUCGCCACUAAACGCGAUACAGAAGUACACCAAUAAGCAAAAACACUGUGCUAGGUUUAUACAACAGGGUUGGGAUACAUCUUGUGCUAUUAACAUGUAUGAAUACUACACACAAAUCAUCUCAAAGGGUGAAAGGAUAAGAGUAGAACAGAUUGAGCUAUUUGAUGAGUUUGAGGAGUGGCAUUUGAAAUGUAUUCACUAUAUACUAGUUGCUGCAUUCAAUGGUAGAUGUGGUGAAUACAGGAGAAAUCUCUUUCCAGAAUUGCCAUUAGCACCUUCAGUAGCAGAGCAUAGCUUCGUAUCUGAUAUCAACCCAACAGUACUUGUGAAACCACACCCUCUACAGUCUACAUUAGAGGCUACCACCUUGUUGAGGCUGUUUUCACAUGCCAGUGUACUGAUUCCAGACACAAGUAAUAUUAUGAUCUCAGGAGGGUUUGGUGAUUCAGCAGGAUGUCAUAGAAGACUGGACAAGGUUCACAUGAUUAAUCAUCAUCUUGGUAACGUCAUUGAGCUGCACGCCACUCAAGGGUCUGAGAAGUUAGGACCGAGACUCCAUCACACCAUGACUGCCUUAAACUCUGGCCAAUUCCUCAUCUUUGGUGGUCGUACAUCUCCUUCUAAACCUUGUACCAUUCCAUACAUCCUGACUCUACAGAACACCCAUCAUCUACCAUCCUAUCAGCUACAAACUGUACAGGGAGGAGAGGUGUCACCAUCCCCUAGGUGGAGGCAUACAGCUACCCCAUUGACUCUAGCUGGAAGGGAGUUUGUUCUGGUGUAUGGUGGUAGGGGUGUAGAAGGGCACCCCUUAGGUGAUACUUGGCUCUUAGAUGUAGAGAAGAUAUCAUGGCAAAGGAUACACUUUGAAGGAGGAUUCAUUGAUGCUAGACAUUCUCAUUCUGCCACACCUUGGGGUAACUCCUAUGUGGUAGUAACAGGUGGUAUAGGGUGUGAUACCACACCCCUACACUCUAUAGUAAUCCUCAAUGUAGAAACCAAGUCACAUACCAUCCAAGAAACCAUACCAUCAUUAAAACCAAGGUAUUCACAUACAGCUCACAUAGUAGAAGACCAGCUAUAUCUCCUGGGUGGGGUGCAACCAAUCACUGAUACCCCACCCUCACUAACCAUCAUCCAUCUUAUUACAUGGACUCUACUUGAAAUCAGAUUAGAGGUGUCUUCUCCAGAAUGUCCAUUGAUGCUUCAUAACCAUACCAGUCAUUGGCUACCUGAAAGAGAGGGCGUCCUUGUCAUUGGAGGCGGAGGGAAUUGCUUUUCUUUUGGCACCCAUCUGAACCAAACUCCAGUAGUCAUUGAGGGCAUACUUCAAUAUAAGUCAACCAGGUAGCAAACAGUAUGAUCCAAGGCAUGACUUCACUCCAGUAAUCACUGAGGGCACACUUCAGAAUAAGUCAUCCUGGGGAGCGUUUUAUGAAAGGAUUUGUCGGACACUUUAUCCGACAAGUACUGUUUAUCGGACACUUAAUAUAGUAAGAGUGCCUCUCAGCCAAUCAGAAUCAAGGAAUGUUGUCAGAUGAAAGUGAUGAGGAAACUUUGUAUGAUUCAUGUCAUGGAUAAACACCAGUUUAAGAGUGCAUUUCAGUCAACCAACACAAUAUGACCAUGGCAUACAAUGAAAAGGAGGUUUAACCCUAAAAAGACUGGGGGGGCUGAAUCAGCCCCCCCCCUCGACAUUUUUCGCGAUAAAUCCGCCGCGC